AUCUUAUCCCAUCAGUUUUCUAAUGUAGAAACAAACCUAUAGCCAAAAAUAGAAUCACAGUUGGCCUUGUAUAAAACUUUCACUUUCAGGGUUAUAGAAAAGGGUUUUCCAUCUCAUUUCCUAAAAUUAUUUUCAUCUGGGCAGCCAUACCCGCUAUGACAUAACAAAUUCUAACAUCGUGGAGUCAUCAGUUUAGGAAAACUUUGCCAUCCAACAGAACUUGGUUAAUAUCAAGAGUAACAUCCAUACCCAAAAAAUAAUCAGGUCUUACGACGAAGCACAAGGAUGUUCGAACUUAUGGAGAUGACCCGCCACAUGAACACCUGGCUGGGCUUGUCAUCGGCUACUCCAUGCGAUGGUCUUCCGUUGGUAGACGACGAGGAGCCGUUACAGGAAACAUCUGGAAUUGUCACCAUUCUGGUUAUUUACCUGGGCAUGGCUGGUCUCUUAGCAGUCCUAAAUUUCUGCACUACCAACAACAGCACAGGCGACGACAUGGCACGGGCAAGGGCCAAGCGGGAAUUGGUGGCGAUGGAGCGAUAUCAGUUGCAGCGCUUAGAGCGGCAGGGCAGGUUUAUAGGCUCAUCCCUGGCGCCGUCUAGGAUGAUCAACUUGCCAUUGCUGAACAGUGAAGUGACUACACCAAGGGGACCUACAACCAACUUUCAGCACGAGUCGGAGUUUCUGGAGCAGCAAACGAAAGAGCCCGAGACGGAGUUGCAGCAGCCAACAGCUUGGCAGGAUCCCAUUGACGAAGAAGAGGAGGAGGAUCAGGACAAGACAGUGGCUCCUAGCUGUUCCGUGCCACACUGCAAGAAUUCAACCUUCUUUGAUAUUCCCUUAGAAUCGUAAUAAUUUCGACCUAUUAAACUAUUCCAAAUCCAACUUUAAGACUAAAAAUGUGGCAAUAAAAGAGUCCAAAGAAAUAUCCCAAACAGAAA